AUGUCUGUUCCGGCUUCCCAUCUUCUUCCAACAACAGAUGGUUUGGAAGCAAUCACUCUCAAAUUACCGUCGUACUCCUUCCUCAUUCAGCAUUCCUCGGGACGAGCCCUACUAUUCGACCUCGGUCUUCGCAAAGACUAUUGGAAACAUACGGGCAUACCAACCAGAGCACCACCGGGGUGGCAAAUUGAUGUAGACAAGAACGUAAGCGACAUUCUCGAGGAGAACAGCGUGCCACUUGUGGACAUCGAAGCCGUCAUCUGGAGUCAUCAUCACGCCGAUCAUGUCGGGGACGUAACCAUGUUCCCUCCCAGUACGAAGGUUAUCGUCGGCCCCAAGUUUAAGGAGCAUUACGUCUCACCUUCUCUGGAGAGAACUCCCGACUUGAAUCUCCUCGCAGAAAAUAUGAAGGGCGGUCGUGAGCUCGUCGAGGUGUCAUUCGACGAUGCCGAGAAAGGGUUGAAGGUCGGGCCCUCUCGAGCAUAUGAUUACUUCGGAGAUGGAAGCUUCUAUCUUCUCGAUUCGCCUGGUCACACCUAUACACACAUGGCCGCUCUAGCUCGGGUGACGACCAGUCCCGAAGAUGCCAGCCGGAACAGCUUUAUUCUGAUGGCAGGUGACACAUGCCAUUUUCCAGGUCAGCUUCGGCCUACGGUGAAUCGCUCGAUUCCCAAAGAGUGUCCUACGGUCCAGUCGUUGUGCCCUGGGGUCCUGCUACAGAGGCUUUUGGAAAGGAGCGAGUCCGGGCCACUCUUCGGUGUUGAUGAAAAGAAUGUGGUGGAUUUCAUUCAGGCGCAGAAAUCAGUCCAAAGGCUUCAGUCAUUCGAUUCCAUGGAUAAUGUUUGGGUCAUCGUGGCACAUGAGCAGGCGCUGCUCGACAACAUAGAAUUCUUCCCGGCUAAUCUGAACGACUGGAAGGAAAAGGGGUAUUCGGACAAAGUCCGUUGGGGCUUUUUGAAAGCGCUAGAGAAAUGA